CGACAAGCACACGUCGCCACUAAUUAAAUUUAACGCUUUUCUUACCCAGUUCACUGAAAAAGGGUGACGGUUUCCUUUUUUAAUUUGUUGAAUAAUACACUCAACAAAAUGGAACAUGUUAUGCAAUCUUUUACCGAUUUGCUUCACAAAAUAGCAAAAGAACAGAAGUUUGUCGACUACAACCUGGACAUCAAGGAAAUAUCGAGUGGAGGAGCAAAUUACACCGCUAAGUUGUUCUCGGUGUCCAUCGUUGAGGGUUCUAACACACUGCGGCUGUUCUGCAAAGUGGCAGCUAUAGGGGAGAAGAUGCGAGCUCAGCUAUCUAGAAUAUAUGAGACUGAACACUUCUUCUACACAGAUCUUGGGAAAAUGUACCGAAGUAUUGAGGAGCAGUGUGGAAUACCAGACGAGCUUAAGUUAAAUGUCAGCAAGUACUACGGAAGCAUUACUGAGCUGAACGAAGAAGCAAUGGUGCUGGAGGACCUCACGGCAGCCGGGUACGAGGCUUACGACAGGUUCAAGUCGAUAGACUGGCCGUACGCGCAGGCAGCGACCCGGGAACUGGCGAAGUUGCACGCAUGCGCCUGGGCAUACGGUAAACAGGAUCCUGAAAAGUUUGAUGAAGUUAUGAAAAAUAUAGUGUACGAUAUCAAAAUGGAAGAAUCUGAAUCAAUGGAUUAUGGAGCCAAAAUGAUAGAAAACGCUAUUAAUACGUUAAAAGUCGACGAGUAUAAAGAUAAAGUGGUGACAUACUUCGAAAACUUCGAACCAGACUCAUAUGAAAAAUAUCAGAAAACGAGCCGCCGGCGGGUACUAUGCCACGGAGACUACAAGCCCAGCAAUUUAAUGCACAAGAUUCUUGACGAUGGCUCGGUGGAUAUUAAGGUGGUCGACCUUCAGACUAUGUACGCAGGCAGUCCAAUCAGUGACUUGAUCUACUUCAUCAUCGCGGGCACUGACGAGAAGUUCCGCGCGCAGUACUUUGAAAAGCUGCUGGACCACUACUACUCAGAGCUCAAUGCUGCCAUGAAGAGGUUAAAACUCAACCCUGACGAAACCUUCUCCAGAGAAGACUUCGAUAGCGAAUUGAAGGAGAAACUGCCAUACGGCCUCCUUCUAGCUAUCGUCGUCUUGCCAGUCCUUACCGUGGAGACGGAGAACGCCCCUCAGGUGGACGAGUCCCUCGACAUCUCAAAGUUCAACGUGGAGAAGACCAGCGAUCUGUACGUGGAGAGGCUGAAUGGAGUUGUCAACGAUUACGUCAAGUGGGGGAUUCUUAAAUAAUAUUAUUACAGUAGAUACCAACAGAACGCCAUUGUUAUACCUAACUAAUAUAAUUAUCAUUAUUUAAUUAUCAAAUAGGUACUUACCUACAACUCUGCUCCACACCGUUUUAAGGUAAUAUAAAUUUAUUAUAGUUGUUCACACAUGACGACUAAUUCGGCUGUAAAAUAUCAACUUUCAGUUUAUUCUAACUGAAAUACCAGUAGUAAUACUUUUUAUGUUUUUUUAUGGAAUAAAAUUGUAUCGUGCAUAUCCAUAGAAAAACAAGUUACUACAACUGAAUUAAUACUACAAAUAAAUUAUACUUAAUGAAUGGAUAUUUGAAAUUAGAAUUUUAUUUCAUUAUUAAAAUAUAAAAAGAAAUUCAGCCAAUAUUAAGCCUAUUCCUUUUACAAAAUAUUUUGUGGUAUUUCUGAUGAUUAUUUUAUUUACUUUAGGACAUCCAUUUUUAUAUUUGAUAAUAUAUUUAAAAAUUUAUAUAAAAGAAAGCAGAAAAACAAAUUGAUCAAAAUCAAGGUAUGUCAAAAAUAAAUAAAUACAUAGGCAGAAUAAUCGAAUCUCUCGAUCCAACUUCUCUUUAAUAAAGCUUGUGGUAUAUCCAAGCGAUUCAUCAAAGAACUCCUUAUACAUUUGUGCAGCAUUCGAAUCAAAUGCCAAAUGUUAAACUUUUGACACCCGUAUUGUUAAAAACGUUUUGUUAUUGCAUAUAAAAAAAAAACUAAAAUUGACGGCAACUUUUUGUUUUUUUAUUUUUCAUCGAACAGCGCUGUAUAAAGCGAAGUAGUAUGUAGUUUAAGGUAAGUUGUGACCAAGAUAAACUUACGAACAUUUUAAGAAUUAAUACGAAUUGUAGAAAAGUUUAAAAUGGAAUGUCCCUUCAACCGUAGUCAUACAUAGUUAAUGUUAAAAUCAUACAUAGUUACUGUACAUGAGCACCUUGUUGUGUGAGAAAAAAUGUCGUGAUAUUUGAUGACAAUUAUAAAAAUAUUUAAAGAUAGUAUAAAACGUGAUUGUAUUAAGUAAUGUAACUAUUGUUUUAAAUUUUCUGUUUAGUUUAGAAUAAUCGUAUUGUUGAAUGAAAUUUUUGCACUCAUGUUAAUUUCUAAUGCAAUGUAAUAUUAAUGACAUUUGUGCAGAUUCUGUGGCUCACAUGCUAUGCUGUUGUAGAGUUAUCCUGUUGUUUCAUUGCUAUUUUAGCUUUAUAAUUAGUUUUACCAAAUUAGGUAUACAGGGUUUCUUACAAAUAAAACUAG